AUGAGUGACGAGGAGUCCUAUGCAGUCGAUGCAAAAAAGCCCAUUGACGGUCCCCUCAAAGAUGGUGAAAAGCCGUUUGCUGCAAAGUAUCUGGAACCUUUUGGCAAUGAGGAGACUGCCGAGGUUAAGUAUCGGACUAUGAAGUGGUGGCACUGUGGAAUGCUCAUGAUCGCCGAGAAUGUCUCUGUGGGAAUUCUUUCUCUUCCUUCCGCUGUAGCCACCCUUGGAAUGGCUCCUGCUGCGAUCAUGAUUUUGUUCAUCUCUGCUCUUUCCUGGUACACAGGUUACGAGAUUGGCCAGUUCAAGCUUCGUCACCCAGAAAUUCACAGCAUGGGAGACGCUGGUGAGCUCCUGAUGGGCCGUGUCGGCCGUGAAGUGCUCGGUAUUGGCCAGCUGUUGUUGUUGAUUUUCCUCAUGGCCAGCAACAUCCUGACUUUCAACAUCCUUAUGAACGUUUUGACGGAUCACGGCACCUGCACACUGGUCUUCGGUGUUGUUGGUCUGGUCAUCUGUUUCCUGGGUGCAUUGCCUCGUACCAUGGAAAAGGUCUAUUGGAUGUCUUGCAUUUCGUUCUUGAGUGUUUUCGUCGCCGUUAUGGUGACUAUGGCCACUGCUGGAGUCGAGAGCAAGGGCAAUGUCGUCAACCAUGCCACCACUGAAGUCAGCUUCCGCGACGGAUUCCUCGCGGUGACUAAUAUCAUUUUCGCUUACCUUGCUCACAUCGCUUAUUUUGGCUUCAUGUCUGAGAUGGAGGACCCUCGAACCUUCAAUAAAUCGUUGGCCAUGCUUCAAAUCAUCGACACGGUCCUUUACCUGAUCAGUGCUCUGAUCAUCUAUCACUACGUCGGACCCGAUGUUGAGUCUCCCGCCAUUUUGUCCUUGAGCCCGUUGAUGAGCAAGAUCGCCUGGGGCCUUGCCAUUCCGACUGUCAUUCUCUCCGGUGUUGUCUUGGGUCACGUUGCGUGCAAGUACAUUUACGUCCGCCUUUUCCGCGGUUCCGACAAGAUGCACAGCCGAAGCUUUCUUUCAGUUGGAUCCUGGGUCGCCAUUUGUAUCGGCGUGUGGGUCAUCUCGUGGGUUGUCGCAGAAUCAAUUCCCGUUUUCAAUGACCUGCUCAGUCUCAUUAGUGCGUUGUUUGGAAGUUGGUUCAGCUUUGGUCUCCCUGCAAUCUUCUGGUUCUACAUGAACCGUGGUCAAUUCUUCAAAAACUGGAAGAAAACUUGUUUGACUAUCAUCAACAUUCUGAUCUUGGCAAUUGCCUUCGCCAUGUGUGGACUUGGGCUUUACGUGUCCGCUGUCGCGAUUCAUGAUGACUCUAGCUCCAGCAGUUGGUCUUGUGCCAACAAUGUAUGA